AUGGAGGCCCCACCGAACGAGCUGGGGCGCAAGAAGAUAAAGAAAAUAAUUUUUGACGACGAUGAAGAGGACGAUGAUGAUAUCAUGGACGAAACGGUCGAGGUGGUGACGGCGUACGACAGCGAGGGCAGCGAUCACGCCAUGGCGAUGUCGAACGGCGAUGUACAUACAACCAGGGCUGGCAACGGGACCAACCUAGGCGUGCUACGCUCGAGUGAGUCCGUUCUGGACGAUUCCUCAUCAGAUUCUGAUGGCGAUCUCAGCAGCGAGAGCGAGAGCGACGAUCGUUCAGACAGCGAGAGUUCCAAGGAAGGCAGCGACGACUACCAGGGCACGGGUGCGGCGCAGCCCCAGAAGGCCCCUCCCCCUCCUAGCCGAGAGGACGAAGACUUCCAAGAGCCUUUGGACGAGGAAAGCCGUUCUCUGUCAACCGUGGUGGCCCCAUGCUCCUUCUACCACGGACAAGCGCGAAAUUUUUUGGAGCAAUUCGAUUAA